AUGGAGCUGCUCGACGGUGCCGCGGACAUUGUCCAUCCCGAAGUUCGAGCCCAUAUUGGCAGCCUUGUGUCCGCGCUUGGUGGCAUAAGCACAGAGGAUGAUGGGAACUAUCAGCUCGGCGAUGACGCGGUCGAAGUCUUGCGUGAUCUGAAGCGGUGGAUCCGAUUCUACGACGAGAAAACGAACCGAAUGGAUGUUGCACGGUGUAUCUUUGAUGCAAACCUGGUUGAGGGCGACCUGCUACCGAUUCUCAAGACGUGGCCUGAGAACGCCAUGUGCAGCAAGUUUCGAUCAAGAGUCGCGCUGGCUUGCUUCGAGCUGAUAGUCCCAUUGACUUGGCCAAUAGAGUGGGACAAGGAGCGCAUGACGGUAAACCAUCACAGGCAUCUUCCCGUCUUGGAGCUUGCACAGGUCCAAUACAAGAGGGCAAUCAUCAACUUUGACGGCGCCCGCAUAUUACGCGCCGCUGUCAGAACAGCGCUGCCGGCCAUGGCGCUGCCGAUUGGCGACCGGACAGCAAGGGAUGAGGGCAUCAUCAAGCUCGUUCUGUUCUUCCUCCGAAACAUGGCUUCGAUUACACCGCCUCCCAACGGCAAAUAUGAAGGCGAUGAAUCUCAGGUCUCCCGGUCGGCCACGAUAGACGCUUUCGCCUACCAAGACAUCUUCCAUGUUCUGCUCAUGCUGUCGUCAAACAUGGGCGAGGACUUCAGGACAGAGGACACGACGGUCAUGGAAAUCAUCUACCACCUGGUCAAGCGUGUUGACCCCGAAAAGCUCUUCAUGAGUGAGCAGCAACUGAACAAGGCCAAAGCCGCCGAACUAUCGGCCUUGAUGAACAAAGAAUCGGCCAUGCUACAGUCGCACAAUCGCAAAGGAGCCACCCGACACAGUCGAUUCGGAACCAUGAUCUGGGUUAAGCGGGAUGAUGGCAAAAUGACCUCCCUAUCAGGACAGGAUGCGCUGGCCAAUUCCUCGAUCCGCAACCAGAUAAUGGAUGAAAUCAAGACGUUCAAACCUCCACGGCGAGCGCGGAAAGACAACCAGGAUGAGAGGGAUCUCGGUCCUCCUGCCAAGCUCAACGCUCGCGCCAACAACCAGCUGCGCAAAUUCGUUGACGAGUUUCUUGACUCUGGUUUCAACCCGUUGUUCCAGCAUAUCCGCAAGACCAUCGAUCGAGAAGCACCGCACGUGCUUCAGUAUCACCGUCGCCAAUUCUUUUACUUGGUUGCUUGGUUCCUGGAAGCAGAGCGAACUCGUCGAAAGGCCAAGGGGCCCAACUGCGAGGCGUCUGCAGAUAUUAGCAGUUUCCAAUUGGUUGCCGGAGUGUUGAACCAGGAAAUGUUCAUCACGCUGAACCGGGCCCUGCAUGAGAGCUACGACGUGAAGGAUUGGACAGAACUAACUGCGGUAAUGCGAUGUUUCACCCAGAUCCUCUUGACAGUCCAGGAGAUGACCGAGUCGGCGAACGAGGACGACCAGGAAAUCGCAGAAAACGUAUUAAGCCGACUCUUUUACGAAGAGGCUACGCACGAUGCCAUUGCCAAUAUCAUCAGAAUGUACAAGGACCAAGGAUUUGACUAUUUAGAUGCAUCUACGGAACUGGUUCACCACUUUUUGCGAAUUCUAGAAGCAUAUUCAAAGCAGAAUGUGGACAUGCAGGUCCGUUCAAGAAAGCGCACACGCAGGAAGAAGAAACAGGCGGCAAAAGAGGACAGCAAGGGAGAGGAGGCGGAGCUGGACGAUUCAGCCGACGACGAGGAGACGGCCGAGCGCACGUCUAAGGAGCGCAAGUUCGACUUUCACAAGUUCUCUAGCCGGUUCACACCCCAAGGCGUCGUCGAUACCUUUACCCGGUUCACAAGAUACUACCGCGACUUGACGGACGCGCAGUUGAAGCGUGCUCAUCGAUACUUUUACCGCGUGGCUUUCAAGCAAGACAUGAGCGUCAUGCUCUUCCGGGUCGACAUCAUUCACCUGCUAUACAACAUGAUCAAAGGGCCCAACGCGCUGGAAAGGACAUGCAGCAUGUUCAAGGACUGGGAGGAGCUCGUGAAGCAGAUUCUGCGCAAGUGUACCAAAAAGAUACAAGAACGGCCGGAGCUCCUCGUCGAGAUGCUCUUCAGCAAGCUUUCCAGCACGGCCUUCUUCCUAGAGUACGGAUAUGAGAGACAGGUCACGAGCAGGAGCCAGCCGAAACCGGCGGCCGAACUAGAGUUCAAGCACACGGAGGAGCGGGAUCAGCAAGUUGCCAUCGCAGUAGGUGCGUUGCUGGACAAGAACGGCAGCGAGCACAUCAACUGGGUGAGACGGGUGUUGUCGGACGCCGAGUCCGAACGUCGGGCGUGGUCUGCCGCAGCGGACGCCAAACACGAUGCGGAGGCCGUGCUAGGGGACGAGGAGCCAGAGACGCCUCCUGUAUUCACCGUCAAGCCAGACAACCCCGAAAGACGAACAGCCAUGUUCAAGAACGCACACCUCCGGCUCCUCAUGAAACUCUGCGGCAUGCAACUCAUGGGGCCGGCGUCUGAAGAAACCCCCGAGAGCCUGUGGAUCAUCCCCGGCGCCGUGUCGGCAAACCAGCUCAAAGACACCAUUCAUUUCAUCAACCAGGCGGAGCUCAGCCCGCCCACGUUUGAAGACGGCGUCCUGGCUGAACACCAACUGAAACGCAAGGCAGCGGCCAAGAGGAAGGCAGCGUUUGACGACGAAGAUGCCGACGACGACGACGACGACGGCUUCCUCGACGACGAGAUGCUCUUCCCCGCCGGGGGACCAACGGCCCGCAAAGUCGCCGACGAGAAAAGGAAGCCCAAGAAGGCGCGGAGACGUCGCAAGGCCGCCGACACCGAGGAACUGACCGACUCUGUGGCCGAGGAAAAGGCCCGCAGACGCCGAGAGAAGGAGCUUGAAAAGGCGCGUAAGAUCAAAUCGGCACUGUAUGUGCGUGACGGCGACGACGAGUUUGAUUCGGACGAGGACGAGGCCUUUUUUGCGCGGGAGCGUGAGAUUGCGGCCCGUGCGAAGAAGGCGGCCGAGACGGCGGCCGAGCCGAUUUCACUGCUCAAGAAGAGAAAGUCGACGGUGGCGUCCGACGCUAGCGACGACGACGACGACGACGACGACGACGAGGAUGAAUCGAUUCUUGCGAGGAGGGUGCUGAGUAGUCAGGAGGACAGGCAAAGCGAGACGGAUGACACGCCUGUUGAUUUGAGUGAUGGGGAGGCGAGGAAGAGGAGGAAAGUCAGUGUUGACGUGCAAGCAGGGGGGGAUGACGGUGACGAUGAAGACUUGGAUGAUGAUAUUGGGACCAAGACGACGGGAAUGCAAGACGGCGACGGGAAAGAGAACGCACAGGUCGGAGUCACCAGGAGACCUAGAGUACGGGUACGCGGUGGCUUCAUUAUGGAUAGCGACGAUGACGAGUAG